GUAGGGAUCUCAAACGUGAGGCGCGCGCGCAGUGUCGCUCGGACGAAUCUUGCGCAUUGCACAGAUGACACUUACGAUCGUGUGCGUCAAUACGUGAACAUUUGUGCUUACAGGAUUUUUAUAAUACAUGUCGUGAGUUCCAGUGUAAAUUUUUGUAUCGGAAUUUUUUGUUUGUUAAACAAAGAUGGCGCCAAUAACUUUUACGGAGACUGAGGUGAUAGAGCAGCCGAUUCAUGAGACUGACUACAUAGAGUACAAACUUCAUCAGCCAUUAAAAGACUCCAGAGAGACUAAUGGGAUGAGCAAUGGCAAAUCAUGCCAAAUCAGCCCAUACGACCAAAUGCUAAGCCCCAAAGACCCCAAGUUCUUAGCCCCAAUACGAAGACUGGAGAAAAAGCUAGGAUUUGUGACUCCAAUUAGAUGGUUCAACACAAUUUCUAUAAGCUUGAUGCACAUCAUGGCGGCUAUUUGGCUCUUCAACUUUAUGUUCUUAAGCAAAAGGCCUCUAAAAUGGCAGACUUUUAUUUUUGGGUAUUUCUUUGGCUUGGUGGCUGGGUUUGGAGUGACAGGAGGGGCACAUCGGUAUUGGUGUCAUCGCUCAUACAAAGCAACGAUGCCUCUCCAAUGGAUUCUUGUCUUAUGCUAUUCGGUGGCUGGUCAGAACACAAUUUACGAGUGGGUUCGAGAUCACCGCGUGCAUCACAAAUUCUCCGAAACAUCAGCGGAUCCUCAUGAUGCCAACCGCGGCUUCUUCUUCUCCCACGUAGGAUGGUUGAUGAUGAAGAAGCACCCUGACGUGUUGAAACAAGGCGUCAAGAUUGACAUGAGUGACAUCGUCAAUGAUCCCCUUGUUCAGUUCCACACCAGGCAUUUCAUGCUGUUCAAAAUAUUGUGCUGCUGGGUUCUGCCAUCGUUGGUACCUGCUUUGUGCUGGAAUGAAACCUGGGAAGUAUCAAUAAUGUCGCAGGCUGUGAUCCGGUACUUGUUGAGCCUCAAUUUCACCUGGUCCGUCAACAGCUUCGCACAUCUAUGGGGCAACAAACCUUAUGACAAAAACAUAAUGCCUGUUGAAAAUUGGGGAGUUUCCGUGGUGGCUAUGGGUGAGGGUUGGCACAACUACCAUCACACCUUCCCAUGGGACUACAAGGCUGCUGAACUGGGAAUACCCAUGAACAUGACCACCACAAUAUUAAAUUACUUCGCAAACAUCGGUUGGGCUUACGAUUUGAAGGAGGCAUCUCCAGCUCUCGUCAGAGCAGUGGCAAAAGCUCGAGGAGAGCCAGCGGAAGAUUAAAUCUGACGACAGCGACAUCUAUGGAAGAAAUUUGUUGCGUUAUCGGAUUCAGUUUAUGAAGGACCAAUAUUGUAUAGA